GGGCUUUUGGUCUCAUCGGAACUAUUUUUGAUGUGUUCUUUGGCUGUACAAAGAAUCGCAGUGGCUCUGAUUUUUAGAAGAAAAGACAACUAAUAUACUUAGAACACAGUGAUGUCAUCCCAGCCAACAACCCAGCCUCAAAAGUAUGAAACCAUACUCAGUCCUUACCCACCAAGCAACACCACGACUCUUGGGUCUUCACAACCUCUGGGUUUCACACACCCCGGACACCAACCUCAGAGUGGUCAGCCUCCCUUCUUCGGGGCUCCAGGAGUCCUCACCAAUGGUCAGCAGGGCCAAGGACAUAUACAAGUGGUAAGCCCAGCUACACGAGCAGCGACCACAAACUUUAGGGAACAAGCAAAGAUACUAGGGGCAAUCCAGAUCCUGAUUGGACUGAUGCACAUUGCUUUCGGAAUUAUUUUAGCUUUAAUGAACUCCAUUUAUGGACUGGUUUUUGGAUUUCUGUCCUUUGCCUUUAUUAGCGGAUAUACAGUCUGGGGCGGCAUCUCUUUCAUUGCUACUGGCGCCCUCUCCAUCCUGGCGUCCAAGCAGUUUUCCCCUAUUCUGGUUAAAAGCAGCCUGGGAAUGAACAUUGUCAGCACGAUCUCUGUCUUCAUCGGAGUGACCCUGCUGCUGCUGGACGCGAGCCUCAAUGGGAUCCUUAACCAAGACUACUGGCUUUCUGGGAGAGGAAUCUCAGCCAUGCUGAUCAUCUUCUCUGUCUUGGAGUUCUGCAUAAAUUGCACUAUAGCCCGUUUUGCCAACCAAGCCAUCACCAAGACCAACAAGCCUGUCCUGGUUAUUCCAAAUGUGUUUGCAAUCAGUGCCUCAGCUCGUCCCAGAAGUGACGGCCACCUCGCGUAUGCCACUUAAAACACAAGAGAGCACUGCCCAAUCUCAUGGGGUUGAACUGCUCAUGCAGGGUCUUAACAAACUGUCCUCUACA